CCUGAAGUGAGUCCGGAACGCGCGCCCUUCCUCCAUCGGAUGGGCAGGGCUCGGUCCAGGGAAGGCGCCUGCUGGCCAGCCCGGAGGGGACCAGCUAUUUCCUGUGGGCACUGAAAUCCAACUCACCCAUGCCUAUUUCCUGUAAUGGACGAAUUUGAUGCUAAUGUGAGUUCCAAGGAGGGUUUUGGGUCAGUGGAGAAGGUCGUGCUGCUCACAUUUCUCUCCAUAGUUAUCCUGAUGGCCAUCUUGGGGAACCUGCUGGUGAUGGUGGCCGUGUGCCGGGACAGGCAGCUCAGGAAAAUAAAAACAAAUUAUUUCAUUGUCUCUCUCGCCUUUGCGGAUCUGCUGGUUUCGGUGCUGGUAAUGCCCUUUGGUGCCAUUGAGCUGAUUCAAGACAUCUGGAUUUAUGGGGAGAUGUUUUGCCUCGUCCGGACAUCUCUAGACGUCCUGCUCACAACCGCUUCGAUUUUUCACUUGUGCUGCAUUUCCCUGGAUAGGUAUUAUGCCAUCUGCUGCCAGCCUUUGGUCUACAGGAACAAGAUGACCCCCCUGCGCAUCGCACUAAUGCUGGGAGGCUGUUGGGUCAUCCCCACAUUUAUCUCUUUCCUCCCCAUAAUGCAAGGCUGGAAUAACAUUGGCAUACUUGAUUCGAUAGAGAAAAGGAAGUUCAACCAGAAUUCUAACUCUACGUACUGUAUCUUCAUGGUCAACAAACCCUACGCCGUCACCUGCUCUGUAGUGGCCUUCUACAUCCCAUUUCUGCUCAUGGUGCUGGCUUAUUAUCGCAUCUAUGUCACUGCUAAGGAGCAUGUCCACCAGAUCCAGAUGUUGCAGCGGGCUGGAGCCCCCACAGAGGGCAGGCCCCAGCCAGCAGACCAGCAUAGCACACAUCGCAUGAGGACAGAAACCAAAGCAGCCAAGACCCUGGGCAUCAUCAUGGGUUGCUUCUGCCUUUGCUGGGCGCCAUUCUUUGUCACCAAUAUUGUGGAUCCUUUCAUAGACUACACUGUGCCCGAGCAGGUGUGGACCGCUUUUCUCUGGCUUGGCUAUAUCAAUUCCGGAUUGAACCCUUUUCUCUACGCCUUCUUGAAUAAGUCUUUUAGACGUGCCUUCCUCAUCAUCCUCUGCUGUGAUGAUGAGCGCUACCGAAGACCUGCCAUUCUGGGCCAGACUGCCCCCUGUUCAACCACAACCAUUAAUGGAUCAACACAUGUGUUAAGGGAUGCAGUGGAAUGUGGUGGCCAGUGGGAGAGUCAGUGUCACCCCCCAGCAACAUCUCCUUUGGUGGCUGCUCAGCCCAGUGACUCUUAGGCCUCUGGGGCAAUGACCCAGAAGACAGCCAUGCCUCCAAGAGAGGGCCAGGUCCUAAGCUGCUGCUGGUGUGCAUCUGCACCUGGUAUUCUCCCCCACCCUGAGCCUUCCAUCGGUAUGCAGGCUCUCCAUGCACAGCGGGCUUUUCCUCCGGCAUUCCAGCAGGUGGUGCUCAAGGGAGUCAGGACACGGAAGGCCGUCUUUGUUCACUGGGGGUUCUCAUCCAGAGAUCCCCCACAGGGGGUCUUUUAAUUUCCCGCGAUGACACUCCUGCUUCCUGAAGUCUCUGCCCUUGCCUCACACUCUCUUGGUGUUCCUGACAUGUUCCCCUUACCGUGCCUGGUCUGUCCCACUCAUGUUCCAAACCCAGUUGUUCACUCUGUCCGAUCUCAGCCAUAGAUGUCUCCAAAUAUACCUUCUUUGCUAUGUCUGCUCCCAGACGCUGCCAAAACACAUUAUCCUUGUCCCUAUCUUGGUCAGAGUUGUGUUUGAAACACCUUGCUUGGUUGCACACAUCCCAGCCAUGUCCGAGCUACUCACUGUCUCGUCUUAGUCCUGUUCUAAUACAUUUUCCCCCCAUGUCUGGGUCCAAACAUGUGUCCUCUUUGCCAGCCCCUGUGUCGGCUGCAGACUUGCUCUUCCUUAUGUCCAUUGUCAGUCCUUCUCUUCAGGACAUGCUCUGUUUAUUUACCUUGGAAGAAACAGGGGCAAAGAUCUGUCAGAGGAAAAUGGUCUCUGCAGCAACCCUGAAGGGAGGCAAAAGGCAAAGACCCACGGCUUCCCUCCAGUGCCGCAGCCGCAGUUCUGUCUGCUCGUAGAUGCUUGUUUUUGGAAGAAGAUGAGAAAAGCCUUGGGCAGAGCUGGUGGCAUUGUAGGUGUCUGUUAGAAGAUGUUUGACUCUAAUUUAAAACCCGAGUCUGGCCUUGUUACUUCCAAAGGAGAGAACGGUGUGAAGUUCCCACUGUGGAGACUUGUCACCUCUCUGCAAUCCUGCAGUUGGAAGAGGGCAGUGCCACGCUGUGCUGGGAGUGUGAAAACAAUGCUUGCCUUGAUGUCAGAGGACCUGAAUCCUGGCCCUGGCUUGGCUCCUAAUAUGCUGUGAGAUCUUGACCAAUGAUCUCCCUUCUCUGGACCUCACUUUCUGCGUAUGCUGUCUGAAGUUUGGACUAGGUUAUCUCUAAGAUUUUGCUCCAUUUCUAGGACAACAGGAUGCUGCUACAGCCAUCAGCUACCUCAAAAAGCCUUGGCUUGCCUGCCUUUUGGCUUUGUCUCAAAGGACCUAUACUUCUCCUUUAGGCCUCUGGACCCUAACCUUGCCAGCUUUACUCUUCAGAUCAGCCUGGAUGUCUUUCAUGCAAAGCUGAGUGCACAGCUCUUGCCAGCUGCUCCAGAGCAAAGGUCCCAGGCUGGCAGAUGCUGCCCCUUCACAGAGCCAUGUGAAGUUUUAACUUUGAUCUUGGCAGUGGUUUGAUAGCAUCUCAAGACUUUAUUGUACUCUUUCUUCCUGCUGCUUAGGAGUGUCAGUUAUCAUUUCCAUUGAUGUUUUCUUUAGUUCUGGAAUUGAACCAGACAGGAAAAGACUUUGGAAUCAGGAAGAAAAGAUUGCCCAAGCCAUCCAAAUGCCAAAAACCAUUCUCAGUCCUAUGAAAGCUUAAUUUUGGGGAAGGGAGAAGUUCUGCCUUGGGGAAGGGAGAAAAGCUUCUAAAUGAGAAGUGUUAUUUAAAAAUCCUGUAUGCUAUUGAGAUAUAUUUCUCCACACUGAAAUGUUCUGUAGACUCAGACUCUCACUGAUGAGUGGAGCAGACUUGACUGGGGAUCUAUUCUCCUCAAAUGUGAAGGAAGCUUAUUUAAGUUCUCAUCUGCAACUUGAUUCUCCGGCUGCUGUAAGAAUCUCCUUUGCUUUCUCAAGUCACGGUUCCCUUGCCAUUUCUAGACUCAGGGCUCAGGAGGGAACUGCCAUUUCGAGGAUGGUCCUUUUCAGAGAUAAAGGAAGGAGCAGCAAGAUUGUGUGCCCCAAGGCUCUGAACACGGUGAUGAGGCCCACCCAACCUGCUAUAGCUGCCCCCAAACCUGCCCACUGCCUCCAUCAGCAUCUUCUUAAGGGUGGGCACAGCAGAAAAGCAGCUCACGCACUGACUCAAUUACUGACUUACUCUAUGACCUUGAACAAAUAUUGGAACUUCUCUGGCCUCACAGAGACUCUCUCCUGCCCACUCCAAAAAGUUGUUGUGCCAGUAAAUAAUUUUUUUGUGAAAACAUUCUGUCAAUCGUAAAAUGCCCUUCCAUAUGUUUGUUAUUACUUUGGCUGCUUUAUUAUUACUUUGGAGUUCUCAAGGACUAGGAAUUUGCUCACCAAGAGGUGAUCCCAUUUAAAGAACGAACUUUCUUUGUUGAAAAGCAAUACCCAGGGAGCCCCCGUCUGGUGCCACUUCCACAUCCACUCCUCUUCAUUUGGUCACUCCAGGUGCCCGACACACACCAACACUGCAAAUGAACACUUUCCUUUGAAGGGAUUUUGUUCUCAAAGUAAAGGCGUGUGUGGGGAAAGAUGGAGGGCUACAGGCUAAUUUUGGCAAGAAUGAUCCUAAUUCUUCAUGCAACUUUAAAGUUACAUGGAAUGAAUUCAAAUGCCUGUUUGCCAUGAGAAAAUUUGUUUGGAAAUAAAAAGACAUAGGCUAUUGAAACCAUCCCCACUCUGAAAAUUAAAUACUUACCUACAUCCUGUAAAAAACAUCAAGCACUGACCAAACCAUGAAUGACCAGUUGACAAGAACAUUACAUAAAGAUCUUACUAAGAUACUGAACCAGAUAAAUUUUGAGACUUUUUUUUCUUGAUCUGAUAGUCUAUAAAAAUAAUUAAUUAUGGUUUAAUGUUAUUUUAGCUAUCGCCGUACUUUUGGUUUAUAUUUUUAAUAAAGUAGCAUUACAAAUGGGGUAACUUAUACAGUUUAUAAUGUACUGAGUCCCCUUGUAUAAUCAAUAUACAUAGUAUGUAUGUGCCUGUGAUAUAGAACAUGGGACUUAAUUUUAUAGUUUCAAAGGAUUAUAAAAUUUAUUGAUGGCAGUAUCUUUGGUUUUAUGACAUUGUUAAGUAUAUCUAUGAUUUGUUUGAAACCAAGGCUUUGAAGGUAAUAGGAUCCCCAAUUCUAACUUUGUUUCUAUGUAAAGUACCUUGGCUUUAUGAUUAUCUGCUUUUUGAUACAGUUCCUGGAAUAUGUUCUGGGGGAAAAAGGAGUCUACAUAGAUUUUUUUUUAUAUUGAUAAAUGCUCUAUUUAUUGAUAAGUAUUGGUAAAUUAUACAUGUUUAUAUGUGUGCAUUAUGUACAUUAUAUUGAAUGAAAUAUUAAGUCCUAAAAUUAAUAACUGAAAUUUUGAGUACUCAAUAA